UCCUAACUCUUGUCUCCAUUUUGUAUACUCUUGUCCCUUGUACUUCCUUGACGCUGAUCUGGCGCGUAUUACACCCCUUGGAAGACUCCUCCCCGUUCUCCUGGCGACCUGCCGGACUUGCGCUCUUCGCCGACGCGGGCAAGUAUACAUGGGCGACCAGGCCCCUGCCAGACCAGAUGCAGCGGAAGGAAAGGGCAGCGCUGAGGUGGAAUGGCCGCUCCCAUACCGACUUCGACCGCCACAGCAGCACGAGCAGAAGCCGCACUGGACGCAUCAUCUCUAUCGAGGUCCCAAUAACGAGGCCGUUGAAGUAUUGUACAGCAGCAACAAGGCUCAGUCGGAGGCAUUGGCUCAGAGAUUUCUCAAUGAACCUAUCUUAGGGUUCGAUCUAGAGUGGCCGAUGCCCUGGAACUGGACCAAACCCGAAAAGACACUCAAGGACGAGAUUGCUCUCUUGCAGAUCGCAAGCCCGGACAAAAUCGCCCUGUUCCACCUCGGCCUUCACAGUGGCACCGAGCCUACUGAUCUCAUUUGCCCGUCCUUGCGGAAGAUCAUCGAAUCCCCAGCUAUCACGAAGACUGGGCACAACAUCAUGGCAGCCGACUGCAGCAAGUUGAAGAAACAUUUCUCCCUGGUACCUCGAGCUAUCUUCGAACUGAGCCAUCUGCAUUACUUAGUCAUGCAUGGCCAAAACGAGCCCUCGAAAGUUCUCACUAAGAUAGGUGGGAUUAGCCUGGCAGAGCUCGUCAGAAUCCACCUUGGGUAUGAGAUGUUAAAAGAUGGAAAGGUCAGGAAGAGUAACUGGAAGAGGCCGCUCAAUGAAAGACAGAAGACUUAUGCAGCAGCAGAUGCAUAUGCUGGCGUCAUGCUCUACCAUUGCUUGAACGCGAAAAGAGUGGCUAUGGACCCUAAGCCACCCAUGCCAUUACUAGCAGACCGCUAUCUACCAUUCGGAUCAGCAAAGCAAGAAGCUGUUCGACUCCUACCCUCGAAAGAAGGCGAGACAUUCGCAACGGCUGCUGUCGUUUUUGGAGUGGAGGAGUUGCAACAGGAAGAAAAGCAGCAAAACUCAGGAACAGACCCUGUAUCGAAAGACAGCGUUCCGAAAAACCGAGCAACGAAGGCCUGUAAAGAGCGGCCCAAACUGGACACGAAAUCACAAGCCCUAUUCGACCAAUUAUCACUUCGUCGCAAAGUUCUUGCGAAGGCGGAAGGCGUGCCUGCGUUUCGAGUCGCGUCGGAUGCCGUACUUGAAUCCCUCGCGCGAGAGCGUCCGGAGGACGACGAUGCACUACUCAGUGUGAAGGGAAUCGGUAAAAAGCAGCAAGACAAGUAUGGGGCAGAAUGGCUGGAAGUGAUCGCUCAAUUUCUGGCAAUAAACGAGAUCGUACCGCUUGAGCCACUUGAAUCAAUACCGCAGGUAACAUCGGCGUCCGCUCUAGAUACGCAGCGUAAGGCACGACCUGCUACGCCCACUCGUCAACCCCGACGUCGAAAGCAGCCACCGGAAAAUUCUCCAGAUUCGUCUCCGGCGUUUGGAAACCCCGUACGCCCUCCACCCCAGCUACACACCGGGCUAUCUUUCGGGCUGGCGGGAACGCAGCUCUCGGACGAUGGAGCGACUGUGGAUGGUCCAUCUCAGACCGAAGCUCAUGAGCCCGUGGAAGAAGCUUCAGAAGGGGAGUCGGAUAGCUCUUUAGCUUUCUUUACGCCUCUCUCCAGACCAGGAUCGCUCAAACGAAAGCGAUCCGAAAGUCCACUCGACACGUAUAUUCCAGGCCCAAGUGAAAAGGACACCGCACCUCUUACUCCGAGAUCUAGGAUAUUCCGCAACAAGAUUGUGGCUUUCAGCAGGCAAGUCACAGGGAAGCUUAAGUCGCGGCCAGCGGAUGCAGGUCCAGUUGUAUCGGAGACGACAAUCGACCGAAUUGUUGCGGUGGCGCCUCGGACGCUGGAAGAACUGCAUCGGAUACCGGGCAUUGAGGGGUUUGUCCAGGCGUGUAAAGAGACGGAAGUGGACCUGUUGAAGAACAUCAUGAAGUUUGCGCCAGUGAAGUUUUAACAGACCCCUAAAUCUAGGCGAUUGAAUCUUUUCGAAACAAGACCGACGACACCAAGCUUCUUCAGUUGCUCUGUACGAUGCGCACAGCGGUUGUUUGCAUCUUCGGUUCCUUCAGGGUCAGCGAAAGAUGACGUCUCAAUAGGCAGAUGGCAUUCGGCAUACAAAGAUGUUAUCUGGGGAAAGGAUUUCUGUAUUGAGAAAGGUUAGG